AUGGUGAAAUUGGUGGCCAACAACUUCGAAAAGCGCAAUGUGGACGAGUGUACGGCGUUGGACGAGGGUGGGUUGCAAACGAAAGUGGAGCAGUACAAGUGCGAGCUGGCGGAGCUGACGUUCAACAGCAAGCCCAUCAUCACCAACCUUACCAUCAUCGCCGGGGAGAACGCGCAUGCGGCCAAGGCCAUCGCGAAUACCAUCUGCCAGCAUAUCAUCGAGGUGCCGCCGGAUCAGAAGCUACCGGUGCUGUACCUGUUGGAUAGCAUCGUCAAGAACGAGGGGGGCCCUUACAUUGACGUCUUCGCCGCUCGCUUGCCCGAGGUAUUCUGUCGCGCAUAUGACCAGGUGGACGGGGCAAUCAAGCCGCAGAUGCGCCACCUCUUCGACACAUGGCGCUCCGUCUUCCCCCACCAGCCCCUCCGCGCGAUCGAGCUGCGCCUGCGCUUCCCCCCCCCCCUUCCGCCGGCGGGAAGCCCCAUCCCCCAGGCAUUCCGCCUGGCCCCGUGCACGGGGGUCAUCCCGCAGGGCCUCCGCACCAAGGAGGUGGCGGGGGGAGAGCGGGGGGUGUUCCGCCUAACCACGCGCAUCAUCCGCAUCACGGGCAUCCGGGCAUGGGUUCCCCGCACCUUCCCCCCGCCAACCCCGCGCACGCGAGGGCGCAUGCUGGGGGGGCAGCGGGCAGGGCGGGAGGGGGGGCGGGUGGCGGAGGUGCGGAUGGUGGGGGAGGGAUACCGUUGGAUUCGCCUGGUUCGGGGCGAAUUCAUGUGA